AUUUUUUUCGACACGAAUCAUUCAGUUCCACACAAGCUGCUCUGUCGAACGUGUUAACUGAAGUCAUGGUGCUGCUCGCGAGAAUUGCCAAGUGUGAGGUAUGAAGAUAUACGUCAUCGUCGCGCCCGACACGGUUUGCUACCAGAUCUUACAGUAAUGCUGCCCCAAUGGUCAAAAUGUUCAUCGAUGGACAAUUCGUAGACUCGAAGGCCACUGAGUUUACGGAUGUUCACGAUCCAGCAACAAAUCAAUUGCUAUGCCGCACUCCAAAAUGCACGAGGGACGAAAUGGAGAGUGCGGUACAGAGCGCUCAAAAGGCAUAUGAGAAGUGGCGACACACCAGCGUGCUAACGAGACAAAAUUUGAUGCUGAAAUACCAGGCUCUCAUCCGUGAACACUCUAAAGAAAUUGCGAAAAAUCUGGUGAAGGAAAAUGGAAAAACUAUGGCUGACGCGGAGGGAGAUGUACUUCGAGGUCUUCAGGUUGUCGAUAUGUGCACGUCGAUCCCGAUGCUUCAAAUGGGCGAAUCCACGACCAAUAUCGCCACGGACAUGGACAUCAUUUCGUACAAAGUUCCUCUCGGUACUACCGCAUCCAUUUGUCCCUUCAACUUCCCCGCCAUGAUACCGCUUUGGUCGUUUCCGAUAUCGGUCGCAUGUGGAAACGCUGCUAUCCUGAAACCAUCGGAGCGAGUACCAGGUGCGUCCAUGAUUCUCGCUGAUCUCUUCACGAAAGCCGGUGCACCAGCUGGCCUUUUAAACGUAAUACACGGUCAACAUGCAGCGGUGGAUUUUAUCUGCGAGCAUCCAGAUAUCAAAGCUGUCUCAUUCGUGGGUUCUGAUCAAGCGGGUAAAUAUAUUUACAAGCAGAGCAGCGCGCACGGUAAAAGGGUACAAUGUAACAUGGGCGCCAAAAAUCACUGCAUCGUUCUGCCGGACGCGAAUAAGAAUAAAACGUUAUCUCAAAUCACCGGGGCUGCUUUCGGUGCCGCCGGGCAGCGGUGCAUGGCACUUUCGGUAGCGAUCUUUGUAGGCAAAUCCAAGGAAUGGAUACCCGAAUUAGUAGAGGCAGCGAAGAGAUUGAAGGUAAACGCUGGUCACAUACCCGGUACGGAUCUCGGACCUGUUAUAUCGCCGCAAGCAAAACAGAAGAUCUGUGAGCUGGUGGAAUCUGGUGUUAAAGAAGGUGCGAGAUUGGCUCUUGAUGGAAGGGGUAUCGUUGUACCCGAUUAUGAAAACGGGAAUUUCGUCGGACCCACGGUGUUAGCCGACGUCAAGCCUACGAUGAAAUGUUACACGGAAGAAAUAUUCGGGCCCGUUUUAUCGUGCAUGUUCGUCGACACCAUCGACGAGGCCAUCGACAUCAUCAAUAAAAACCCGUAUGGCAAUGGCACGGCAGUUUUUACGACAAAUGGAGCGACAGCCAGGGCAUUUGUGAACAGAAUCGAAGCUGGCCAAGUUGGUAUCAAUGUUCCCAUACCCGUUCCCCUACCGAUGUUCAGUUUCACCGGUAACAAGGGUUCCUUCCUUGGUGAUACCAACUUUUAUGGGAAACACGGAAUAAACUUUCAUACGCAAACGAAGACUAUAACACAGCUAUGGAGAUCUGGUGAUGCUACUAAUAUAGCAUCAUCAACGGCAAUGCCUACUAUGCAAUGAGACUGCGUGUAAUUUUACAAUAUACCAAAUCUUCUUAUACCAAAUCUUCCUAAAUUUCAUAAGUAAGAAUGUAUAAAACUUAAUUAUGCGAUUUAUCACAUAAUUAUAACCAAUGUCUUCCAUCGUUGCGUACAAAUCUGUUCCUAUAAAUGCCGAAAAUAUGUCUAUAGCGUAGACAGACUACGUAUAUUUUUUUACAACGCAAUAAAGUAUAGUCCGUCAAUA